AUGUCUUGUGCUGAUGGCAAAAUUCUUGAAGGUAUUCAUGUUGAACCUGAAAUGUCUUGUACUGAUAAGAGCUCUGAAGACACUCAUGACGUCUCUAUAAUGUCUUUUGUUGAUAAUGCCAUUGAAGACACCCAUGUUGUAUCUGAGAAGAUUAAUGAGGUGGAAAAGAUGGCCAAGAAUGAAAGGCAAAUGGAAAGCCAAUUCCAUAGCAAAAGGAAGAUUAUGAACCCUGAGAUGAUUAGGAGAAGAAAGAUUUUUGUUGGGGGCUUACCUUCUGGCAUAUCUGAGGAGAAAUUUAAGGAGUAUUUUGAGAGGUUUGGCACAAUAACCGAUGUGGCUGUGAUGCGAGAUAGUGUCACAAAUCGACCAAGAGGAUUUGGGUUCAUCACAUUUGGUUCUGAAAAGUCAGUUAAUGAUGUUAUGGUGAAUAGCUUCUAUGACCUAAAUGGUAAACAAGUGGAGGUGAAAAGGGUGAUGCCAAAAGUGGAGAAUCGUGAUCGUGGUGUUUUUGAUCAAUUGAAAUACAACAAUGGAAAUGGAACAUCAUGGGAAGGUUUUCCUUAUUAUGGUAAUAAUAUGAUUCCAAGUCCUGCUUAUGGUUCUCAUCCUUGGUACAAUAACAAUGCUUAUGGUUCUCAUCCUUGGUACAAUAACAAUGCUUAUGGUUCUCAUCCUUGGUACAAUAAUAAUGGGUUAUAUGCUAAUGCACCAAACCCUUAUGAUUGGUACCCUAUGCUUGGUGCUUCUCUUCCUCGGUACAUGCCCAUGGCACCCAUGGCUCAACCAUGUCCUGACCCUUUUGGUUAUUGUUUCCCAAGUUAUCCAUAUGUUGGUGGGAAUGUUGGGGUGAACAAUAAGCCAACACAGAAUAAUCAUAGAGAGUAA